AUAGAACACCAGAGUACAGCAAUACAUACUGCAGAGCACAAGGUAAAGGAAAUUUUAAUCAAAAUCCAAUAAUCAGAAGAAUGGAUCCCAGCCAGUCUUUCAAUCAGCCUCCAUUGGUCAGUUCAUCUGAGAAAUCAGUAAUGCUGCAGCCUGUAGCAGCACCACCAGCAUACCAGGACAAUCCUGCUGAAUAUCCUCCCUCCUUUCCAAGCCAGCCAGUCCCCCAGGGUCCCUACACCCAGGGGCCGUAUCCAGGACAGCCCAUAGUCAAUGUGCAGCCUGCAGUUUUUGUGACCGCUGCUCCAUUGGCCAAUCCAGCGCCAGAUUACUUGGGUUACUCCAUCUUUACCAUGCUGUGCUGCUGUUUUCCUCUGGGAAUUGCUGCAAUUAUUUACUCCUGCUCUACUCGAGAUGCUAACUACUCAGGACGGCGAGAAUUAGCAGAGAAGAACUCCAAAACGGCACGCACCCUGAAUCAUGUCGCUGUUGUUCUUGGCCUCAUUUCCAUUGUAUUGUAUAUUAUCUACCAGGUUGUGUUGUUUCAAAAUAUAAAACAGUAUCCAUAAUUGUUAGAGCUGUCAUGGUUGGAUGCAGAUUAUACAAACAAAUUUGAUUCUCUUAAUUUUAAAUGUUAUUUACUCAGUGUGUCAAUAUUCACCCAGUUACAGCAUGCUGUAAAGGUUGAUUAUUGGAUGUUUAAAACAAUAAAAGCUUGAUCAAUUUGUUUAUUAUAGAAUUGCAUUUUAAGUAAUUACUAACAGAAAUAUAGUAGUGCAUGAUCCUCAUUUUAUAGCAAACUGUAAGACUAACCCAUUGGCAAUCUAUUUUUAUUUUCUAUUUACAUCUAUGAUGAUCUUUUGCUUAUUUUGUAUAUCUUGUGUGCAGCUGUGCUAUUUUUUACAUACUUUUACAUUUUGAACAUACAUAUUUAUAUGGAUAUAUAUCCAUAAAUCCAUUUAUGGACAAGAUAAAAUCCACAUUGAUAAAAGGCACUAUAUAAAUAAAAUAUAUAAAUAUACAAGUUAUUAUAAUUAUUCAUUG